AUGUCUAUCCUACUCCGGAAGCCGGGACAUCGGCUCCUCAGGGUGCCGAGGAGUGCGGUAUCCGCAGCAGGCCAGAUCAGUCUUCCGAACCGUGGCAGUUUACACCGGCCCUGCACGCCUCACUUGCAAGCGCGUAUCGCCUACCAUGCCACAGCAGCCCUGCGCUCGCCAAGCUCAGCCGCCGGCUCGCUCCAGCCAGACGGGGCCGGCGUCGUCCCGGGUCCUGCCGCCCCCUCGGCACCAGCACCUUACUCCCCUCCCCAGACCGGCCUCCUCUCCAUGCUGCCGCCAUCGUGGGUCCCGUACGCGGAGCUCAUCCGCCUCGACAAGCCCACGGGCACCUACUACCUCUUCUUCCCCUGCCUCUUCUCCACGCUCAUGGCCGCGCCCAUGGCCGUGCCCAUGGCCUCCCCGCUCUCGGCCGCCGGCUACUCCCUCCUCUUCUUCUCGGGCGCCCUCGUCAUGCGCGGCGCCGGGUGCACCAUCAACGACCUCUGGGACCGCAACCUCGACCCGCACGUCGCCCGCACGCGCCUGCGGCCCAUCGCCAGGGGGGCCAUCACCCCCUUCCGGGGCGUCGUCUUCACCGGCGCCCAGCUGCUCGCCGGCCUCGCCAUCCUCCUCCAGUUCCCGACGGCGUGCCUCUACUACGCCGUCCCGAGCCUGCUCUUCGUGGCCUCCUACCCGCUGGCCAAGCGCGUCACGUACUACCCGCAGUUCGUGCUCGGCCUGACCUUCUCCUGGGGCGCCAUGAUGGGCUUCCCGGCCCUGGGCGUCGACCUGCUCUCCAACCAGGCCGCCCUGACGGCGGCGUCGCUGCUGUACACGUCCAACAUCGCGUGGACCGUCCUGUACGACAUGAUCUACGCGCACAUGGACAUCAAGGACGACGCCAAGGCCGGCAUCAAGAGCAUUGCGCUGAAGCACGACGCCGACACGAAGAAGGUUCUGACCGGCCUGGCCGUAGUGCAGAUCGGCCUUCUGGCUGGGGCCGGCAUGGCCGCAGGAGCCGGCCCGGCGUUCUUUAUUGGUAGCUGUGGCGGAGCCCUGGUGACCCUGGGCAUCAUGAUCAAGCGUGUGAACCUCAAGAGCGUCAAGGACUGCUGGUGGUGGUUCGUCAACGGAUGUUGGAUCACCGGUGGCGUCAUCAGUCUGGGCCUUGGGGCGGACUAUGCUAUUCGCUACCUCGACGAGGGCAAGGGAAAAAAGGAGGAGGCGUAG